AUGGAUACUCACCAUCACACUCACUUUCUCCAUCUAAGAAACCUAAGUUAUUUUUCCUUCUUUUCCGGGGGGGAAAACUUAAAUCAUGUUGCCACUAUUUUUGAGACCCUGGUUAUCACCGCUGUCUUCCUGGUGUCUGUGGCAGCUAAUGUGGGCGCUGCAGCCCUGCUGACCUGGGAACGCAGGCAUUUGGCCAACAAAACCAUUCUGACCCUCAACCUGUUUGUGGCCGACCUGCUGUUUGUCAGCAUGAUCCCGUUGAUAGUGGCCGUGCGGUGGACUGUGUCCUGGACGCUGGGGUUUACGGCCUGUCACAUUGUGCCGUAUGUGAUUUGUAUGAGCGGCUGUGUCACCAUCACCACCCUGGCCUCCAUCAGUGUGGAGAGGGUCCUGGCCAUCCUUCAGCUGCAGGCCGUGCCCACCUUAAACCGCAGGAUGGUGUCUGCCACCCUCUUUUUCAUCUGGACCUUCUCUGCACUCACCUGCAUUCCCCUCAGUCUGUUCUUCACUGUGAUCAAUGUGGAUUUCCCUCAGCAGAAACGUGAACACAUUUGUACUCUCAAGUGGCCUGACCCAACUGGGGAGAUUGUGUUUAACGUGACCUUCACUGCCCUGUGCUUCCUUCUCCCAGGGGUCAUUAUUGUGGUCAGUUACAGCAAAAUAUUACAGAUUUAUAAAAGAAGUAAACUAAGGCUCCGACACCGAGACAGCCAGCCCCAAGUUGGAGACUCUGUCGAGUACAAUGUCUCCCGUAAAGAUAUGAGGCUAUUUCGAACCCUUCUGGUCCUUGUGCUCUCUUUCUUGAUCAUGUGGAGCCCCAUUUUCAUCACCACCUCUCUCAUCAUGGCCAGGUACUUCCUGGGUCACCUAGAAGUCUCUUCUACCAUGUUCUUCUGGGUGGUGACGUUCACACUGGCCAACUCAGCCCUCAAUCCCAUCCUCUACUCCGUCUUCCAGUUCAAGAACCGCUGGCGCAAGUUCUGCUACAGAUCUGUUGUAUCUCCGCUGAGAAAAGUACACCGUGGCAGUGGUCGAACGCAAGGGAUGCAUCAAUGAUCAUCAAGAUUGUUCUGUACAAAUAUAUAGUUUUAAUUGUUAUAUUAGUCAGCUUAUUUAGUCUAUUAUAGUGAACAAAAACACUUAUUUUAUUCCAUUGCUUGCUCCAAGUAUACUAACCAAUGUUUGCCUGCCAACAAGAGUAAUUAAGAUCAAUGCUGCAGGUUGCAAUCCUACUUAAUCCUGUCGCUGUUUAAAUGCAUCUGACAGAAGUGGCCCAGGAAAGCCAGUCUCUAGAAAUAAACACUUGUUUAUCUUGAGGACUUUCUGUAUAAUAAUUAUAAUAUAAGAAAUAGCUGUCACUGCUCUUUUUGAAUGUAUCAGCUGUAUAACAUUACCUCUGUGGCUGCAUCCUAGUU